AUGCAUUUCCUCCUGCUCGGCGCGAACGGACGAACCGGCCAGCACGUCCUAUCCACAUUGCUCUCUCAAGGCCACACAGCCGUAGCACUAGUCCGUACCUCUACCAGCCUCACUCCUAGGGAUGGUCUUACCAUCGUCACCGGCUCACCACUUUCAAAACCCGAUAUACGUAGCGCUCUUCUCGCAACACCUUCACUACCGCUAUCAGCAGCCAUUAUCACAUUAAACACAGUCCGCAAGUCUGAAAGUCCUUUCGCGGCUCAGCUAUCGCCUCCUCGCCUCCUGGCUGAUUCUUGCGCCAAUGUUUGUCAGGUUCUGGAGGAUGCCGGGAUCUUUCGAAUUGUUGUCAUGUCGACGGCGGGUGUUGGAGAUUCGUGGGGCAACUUGCCGUGGUUGAGCAAGGCGUUCUUGGGAUAUACUAAUGUCAAGUUCGCGCUUGCGGAUCAUAAUCUUGUUGAUGAGGAGAUUCGGUCGACGAGGAUGGAGUGGACGCUUGUGAGGGCUGUGAAGCUUAAAUUCGACGAUGGGAAGUUGACUGACGCGAAUAUGGGUGUAAGAACUAUGGAUAGUGAUGGCGUUGGAAUGAGCUUGACCGACAGCAUCAGUGUUAGUAGUGUGGCGAGAUUCUUGGUUAAAGUGGCGGUGGAAGGUCUCUAUGUUAAAAGUGCAGUGGUUGUGGCCGAAAAUAUGUGA